UCCGAUCGUUCGCUCUCGUUUCCAAGACUCCAACCAUGGCUCUCUUUGUCUGCCCUCGAUUUUUCGAGGCCUCAAAUCUCUGGCAUGAAAGCCUAAACCUGGACUGAUCGCCAGGAUGAAGUUUUCAGCCAUCGCUGUGGUCACCGCCACCAUCCUCGUCACUGCCGUAGCAGCUGAGAGCGAAGGUGACGGUUGCCCUCUUUACUCCUACGGCUGCAAGCACUUCAACGAAAAGGCGGGCUGCGGAAACGUCAAGUUCAACGAGAAAAAGGAGUGCCACAUCGUUCACAACGAGAACCGCCGCGACCUCAUCGGCGCCGCCUGGUGCCAGGUGCAGUGCGCCAAGACCAAGCCCACCUACGUCCGCGUCUACGAACCCGAUUCGGAGGGAUACCCGGCCAUUUACACCCCGAUCUACGACAUCACCACCAUCUCCAAGAAGAAAAAGUGCUCGGCCUUCAUCUCCGCGUGCCAGAAGGCCUGCCCGAACUACAAGACGAAGCUCGUCUCUGUGUGUGACGACAAACUUGCUCUUGCGCGUUGCUCCUGCGACAUCGACAAAGAUGCAUACAAGUGGAGGCCCUUCCCGGCCGGCAAGUACCCCGAGGUCCCUGAAAUCCACAUCGACUACUAGAUAUAGGGUUCGCCCUGGUGUGACUUUAGUGUUGCGUGGUAGUUUGCUUCCGGAUCGUCGUGCUUGCGCCUAGAAGCGAUAUUGAGAAACGUACACAAAUUGCUUUCAGGGGGUUACCAACGCAUCUCUUCUCUCUCUUCGUUCAUCUUCGGAAGAUGCCUUUGUGGAGGAGGCUCAUCCCCGGUGCGUCUGUGUGUGUAGGAGGCCCGUAAACAUAAAAUACUGUAUAAACCACUUUCCUGCGUCUUCCGUGAAGGCUACG